UUUUUCUGUAUCGCACGAGGUAAAUUCUCUUCGACACUCUCGUUGAACGCGUCAACUGGCAUGGCAGUCUGUGGGGAAUAUAUUCGCAGCCAGUUUCCUACGAUAGACGACGAUUUGUAUCAAUAUGUAGAAGGUAUCUUGGACAGCUCGAAGGAUGAUUUCGAGGACGGCGACGAGGUGUACGAGGCGAUAGGAGAGGUAUUGCACGAGGUCGCGGAUAAACCAGAGAAUGAGGUUAGACAAAUAUGUGUAAAAUUACUGGAAAUGCUGAAAGGCAGUACGAACGACGAGAUCGUCGAGAAGAGGAAGAAUGGAGUUAAUAAAGUAUUAAACGCACCGGUUCAUUUGGGUACCAUGGCUGCUACUCUGGAAGCUCAAGUAGAACAGAUAAAAAGUAUAUGGGUCACCACGAGGGACGACGGCAUGAAAGUGGAUGCUAAGAAAUUAGAAAAAGCAGAGGCAAAGUUACAACAGAAGCAGGAGAAACGAGUUAACAACGAUUCAUCCAGUCGCGUUGGUAGCACUAAUCCAGGGGUAGAAGCAGCGAGUGCUAGUCAAAUGAUGAGCAAAAAGGAUAGUAGAAUGGAAACCAAGGGCAGUGUAAAUAAAACUCAAGAUAUUAGGAUAGAGAAUUUCGAUGUAGCAUACGGAGAUAGAAUUUUAUUACAAGGGGCUGAUUUAACCCUUGCUUUCGGUAGACGCUAUGGCCUUAUCGGUAGAAACGGACUUGGAAAAACCACGUUAUUGAGAAUGAUAUCCAGUAAACAGUUGCGAAUACCUUCUCACGUAAGAGUGCUACACGUAGAACAGGAAGUCGCCGGUAACGAUACAUCUGCUCUUGAAUCUGUGUUGGAGUGCGAUCAAGAGAGGAGCCUCUUGCUCAGCAAGGAAGCAGAACUGCAAGCAGCGAUAGAGAAAGAUGGUGGCAAGGCAGGGGACGUGUUAGACGAAGAAUUGCGUAAAGUGUACGAAGCGAUGCAGGUUGCCGAGGUAGACAAAGCACCUGCUAGAGCUAGUGCCAUAUUAUCCGGACUUGGGUUCUCCGUCGAAAGACAGUCGUGGCCGACCAAAUCCUUCUCCGGUGGUUGGAGGAUGAGACUUGCACUAGCGCGGGCGCUAUUCUCUAGACCGGACCUUCUGUUGCUCGACGAACCUACGAACAUGUUAGACAUCAAAGCCAUACUUUGGUUAGAAAGAUACUUACAAUCGUGGCCCACCACGUUGCUCGUGGUUUCGCACGAUAGAAACUUUUUAGAUACGGUUCCCACAGAUAUAUUAUACCUACGCGGGCAGAAAAUAGAGGCGUACCGCGGAAACUACGAGCAAUUCUCGAAGACGAAAGGGGAACGCGAGAGGAAUCAACAGAGGGAGUACGAGGCUCAGCAAGCCAAGAGAGCUCACGUGCAGGAAUUCAUUGAUCGUUUCCGAUACAAUGCCAAUCGCGCUUCGAGUGUACAGAGUAAAAUAAAGAUGCUGGAGAAAUUGCCAGAAUUGAAACCAAUGGAAAAGGAGGGAGAGGUGACGCUUCGCUUCCCGGACGUGGAACAAUUAAGCCCUCCGAUAUUGCAACUGAACGAAGUGUCCUUCAGUUACACCGGAGGAACCGACAACCCUAUAUUCACAGGUGUAAAUCUUACCGCCAGCUUGCAAUCCCGCAUUUGUAUCGUGGGAGAGAACGGGGCAGGUAAAACGACGCUUCUGAAAAUAAUAACGGGUACUCUGAGUCCGACGAGGGGCACGGUCCACGUUCAUAGAAACUUGAAGUUUGGAUACUUCAGUCAACACCACGUCGACCAAUUGGAUAUGCGCGUAUGCCCGGUCGAGUUGUUACAAAACCAUUUUCCAGGUAAACCCGUCGAGGAAUAUAGGAGAAUGCUGGGCAGCUUUGGAAUAAGCGGUAACUUAGCUUUACAGAAUAUAAAUUCUCUGUCUGGUGGACAGAAGUCGAGAGUCGCCUUCGCGUUAAUGUGCGCCGCCAUGCCGAACUUUUUAGUGCUCGACGAGCCCACGAAUCAUCUCGAUAUAGAGUCGAUCGAAGCUUUGGGCAAAGCGCUGAAUACCUGCCAAGCUGGCGUGAUAUUGGUCUCGCACGACGAAAGGUUGAUUCGCAUGGUGUGCACCGAGCUCUGGGUGUGCGGUGAGGGUUCCGUCAGGUGCAUCGAGGGAGGAUUCGACGAGUAUCGUAAGAUCGUUGAGAAGGAACUCGAAAUGUAAAGACUAUUUUAAUUUAAUCGCGCUAUCGAUUCGCAUUGUCCCGCGUCGAGUUACCGAUUUCAAUAUUUCGAUGAAUUUAAAUAAAUGCAAACGUACGCCGGGGCGCGUUCGAUCCUUCGUUUUGGGGCAAUGCACCUUCUGAUUUGUUCAUCGAUGUAGAUAUUUAUCAGCCACGAAAACAUUAUACUGCCUAUUUUAAAUAAAA